AUGACUGAUAUGGUUUUAUUUGUUGUUCAGGUUUUGUAUAAACGGCUUAUGGAGUUUGACCCUAAUAGACCCCAUCCGAUGCUGGAGAAAUCUCCCAGGGAGAAAUUAUUGUGUUUACUGUUAUUUUCUUGUUAUAUCUGCAGGGAUGUUGAGUCAGCUAAAGCCCCGUUAGAUACCCGUAUACGACCUCCACAUGAACCUACAUUCUCUAGCAAUGUACAGGGACUACUGAGAACUAAAGUUGAAGGAGGUGAGGGCACAAUCCCUGUAGAGCCAGGGUUCAAAGUUCAAACAUUUGAUGGUAUACAGAGAGGUGAAAGGUUACGAACAAUGUCUUGUACAGAUAAAGUUUGUAGGUGGAAUGUUGUGGGUUUGCAAGGGGCAUUACUAAGUCAUUUCCUGGAACCUAUAUAUUUGGAUUCUCUCACUUUAGGUAUUGUUUCUCUUUAUAGACAAUUAGAGCUGUUAUAGACAGAAUCAAUAUUUAUUAUUAGUUUUUUGUUAGCUCACCUGUCACAAAGUGACAGGGUGAGCUUUUGUGAUCGCUUUUCGUCCGGUGUCCGUCCAUCCGUAAACUUUUACUUUAAAUGACAUCUCCUCAUAAACCACUAAGCCAAUUUCAUCCAAACUUCACAGGAAUGUUCCUUUGGUGGUCACCUUUAACAAUUGUUCAAAGAAUUUAAUUCCAUGCAGAACUCUGGUUGCCAUGGCAACCGAAAGAAAAAACUUUAAAUAUCUUCUUUUAAAAAACCCAAAGAGCUAGAGUUUAGAUAUUUGGCAUGAAACAUCUUCUAGUGAGUGUCUACCAAGUUUGUUCCAAUAAAAGCCCUGGGGUCAAAAUUGGCCCCGCCCCAGGGGGUCAUUGAUUUUUCCUAUAUGCAUAUAGCAAAAACUUAAAGAAUCUUUUUUAAAAGAACCCAAAGAGCUAGA